GACUAGAGGGAACGGGCAGCAACUGAUGUACCGGAAGCUCCACCCGAGCAUGAGGAGGAAUAUCUCUACUGUGCAGAGGAAGAUUUUAAUGGAACAGCAGAUUCAAUGAAUACUUGUCUUCAUAUUUGGGUGAUGGAUACCAAGAGCUUGUAUGUGACUGUUUCCUGGUCUGAGUAAUUUGGGCAUGAAGGCAUGUUUUCGUAGUAAACCAAGAGUAGCAUAGCAAAAGUACUCAUGGGUAAGAGAAAGGAAGAAAGUGUUCCAAAUCCUGGGUCCCAGAAAAGACAGAGAAAAGAAUACACAGAUGUACAUACUGAUGAUUGUAGUGCCUCUUCACAGUCGCCUGAUGGUGAAGUUGGCAUAAUUGAAAGUAUCCAGCUGAAGAACUUCAUGUGCCAUUCAAAUCUGGGGCCUUUUCAGUUUGGAUCAAAUCUCAAUUUCGUUGUUGGAACCAAUGGCAGUGGAAAAAGUUCAGUAUUAACAGCACUAAUUGUUGGACUUGGUGGAAAAGCCACUGCAACUAACAGAGGUUCCUCAUUAAAAAUGUUUAUUCAAAAAGGAGAGACUUCUGCAGAUAUUUCCAUAACUUUGCGAAACCAGGGAAGAGAUGCAUUUAAGCCAGAAUUGUACGGUACCUCUAUUACUGUGAAUCAGCACAUUAAUCAGGAUGGAAGCAGAACUUGCAAACUGAGAAGCAAAUCUGGGAGCAUAAUUUCUUCAAAGAAAGAGGAACUCAUAGGAAUACUGGAUCACUUUAAUAUACAGGUAGAUAAUCCUGUGUCUGUUUUAACCCAAGAGAUGAGCAAACAGUUUUUACAGACUAAAAAUGAAGGUGACAAGUACAAGUUUUUUAUGAAGGCAACUCAGCUGGAACAAAUGAAAGAAGAUUAUUCAUUUAUUGGGAAAACUAAAAAAAAUACCCGUGUUCAGAUAGAACAAGGGGAAGAGCGUCUUGAAGAACUUAAGAAGCUUUACUUGGAAAAGAAGGAAAUUUUCAAAAGCAUUGCAUUUGUGAAUGACAUGCAAAGUCGUCUCAAAGAUUUGAAACAUCAAAUGGCGUGGGCAGUGGUGAGUGAGAUGGAAAAAGAAAUAGAGCUGCUCAAAGAAGGCAUCAGAGCUGAAGAAGGAAAUACAGAGUUCCUUCAGAAGGUAGAAGAAUGCCAGGCAAAAGUGAAUGAAGCAGAAAAAAAGUACAAAGCAAUACAAGACAAAUUGAUAACAGUGAGUGAAGAAGCACAAGCCCUUCAUCCUCAGUAUAUUUCUUUGAAGGCUGAAGUGCAGGCAAAAAGAAAAGCAGUCAAUGAAACUGAGAUCAUUUGUAAUCGUUCCAAAACAGAGUUAAAACGUCUGGAAAAAGACAGUACACAGCUAUGUAAACGAAUUGAAGAACUGAAAAGCUGUGCUAAUCAGGUUUCAGAGCCUGAGAAAUUGGAAAGACAAAGGAGAAUUGCAUACCUAAGGGAACAGUUAAAGGCAUACCAUGAUGAAGAAAUAAUGAUUGAUCAGCAGGUGGAUCAAUUUCAGCAGGCUAUAUCUAAGUGUAGGGAAGAACAUUCUAGACUCAGGAGAGAAAGAAGUGAAGUGCAACAAGCACUGGAUGCCCAGCAGAAACAGUUGAGAGACCUGAAAGACAGUAAAACAAACACUUUGAAAAGAUUUGGACCACAUGUACCAGCAUUUCUUGAAGCACUUGAAGUAGCCCAUAAACAAGGACGCUUUAGAAAGAAACCUCUUGGACCUUUAGGUGCUUUGAUUCAUCCAAAAGAUCCUGAACUGAUCUUGGCUAUUGAAUCCUGUUUAAAAGGCCUACUUCAGGCGUUUUGCUGUGAUAAUCAUAGCGAUGAAAGAACUCUUCAGUUACUGAUGUCAAAAUAUUAUGCACGUGGACAUAGACCUCAAAUAAUUGUAAAUAAAUUUCAGAAUAAAAUUUAUGAUACUAGUCAGAGAGCUGUUCACCAUCCAGAAUUCCCAUCAGUUCUGACAGCAUUGGAAAUAGAUAACCCAGUGGUUGCCAAUUGCUUGAUCGAUAUGAGGGGUAUAGAAACAGUCCUGCUGAUUAAAAAUAACCGUAGGGCUCGUGAAGUAAUGCAGUGCAAUCGGCCCCCAAAAAACUGUAAAGAAGCUUUCACUGCUGAAGGUGAUCAGGUAUUUGAACGACGGUAUUACUCUUCCAAUUUUGUCAGACCCAAGUUCCUAAGUCAAGAUCUUGAAGCAGAAAUCAGUCACUUGGAUAAAGAAAUUGAAAAUAAAAGGGCACAGUUGACAACAUCUCAGCAACGCUUACAUUCCAUUGAAAAUGAAAUUAGGCAGAAUGAAGAUCAUCUCCAUGGUCAUCGGAGACACCAAAAACAGCUACAGGUAAAAGUACGAACAGCAAAAGCAGAGAUAGCAGAUCUUGAAAACGUGGAAGAGCACCAGUCAGCGGACAUCCAUAUAUUACAAGAAGAAGCUGAAGAAAAUAAGAGUAGGAUGGAGAGUGUAAAACAAGACAUGCAGCUACAAAGCAGAGAAAUGGAAGAACGGAAAAAUAUUCUCCAAGCAGCUGAAAAAAAAUUAGAAGAAGUGAAAGAAAAAAUUCAUCAAGUAGAAGAAAUUGCUGCCCCGAUUAAGGCUGAAUUAAACCAGGCUGAGUCAGAAGUGGAGAACAGUAAACGCCAUUUGCAGCACUAUGAAGACAAGCAGAGAGAACAUGUGGCUUGCGUAAAUAAGCACAAAGAUUUACUAGUUUCCAAAGGAAAGGAAUUAGAGGAAAAAAUGGCAAAAGCGAGGCAAAUCUUCUCAGACCGCAUCAAGGUCAGCAGAACUGUUAAAAGUCUUGAUGCAGAAAUGAAUCGCUUGAGAGAGAAGAUAAAUUCAGAAAGCAGUCACCGUGGAAACAGAGAAGAAAUAAUCCAGCAAUUUCAUUAUGCAAAGGAAAGAUAUGAGGAUGCAAGCAAUAAAGUAAAGAAUUUAAGGAGAUUUAUUGCUGUGCUGGAUGAAGUAAUGACAGAAAGGCUCAAAGUGUAUCGGCAAUUCCUAAGGAGCCUUUCUAUGCAAUGCAAACUCCACUUUGAGCAAUUAUUACGUCUUCGAGGUUGCUCUGGACAUAUAGUUUUUGAUCACAAGAAUGAGACACUUUCCAUAACAGUUCAGCCUCGAGAGGAAGAAAAAGCUGCCCGUAGUGAUCUCAGAUCUUUAUCAGGAGGUGAACGUUCCUUCUCCACAGUUUGUUUCAUUCUUUCUCUGUGGAACAUUUCUGAAUCUCCUUUCAGAUGCAUGGAUGAAUUUGAUGUCUACAUGGAUAUGCUUAACAGAAGAAUUGCCAUCGAUAUGAUUCUGGAGAGAGCUGACUUUCAGCGACAUCGACAGUUCAUUUUGUUCACCCCCCUGACCAUGAGUUCUCUGCCUACGAGUCCCCAUAUUCGAAUCCUACGCAUGCCAGACCCUCCAAGAGACCAAAGAACACUGAAUUUUCAAAAUAGGAAUGACAGAGAUGAAGAUCAAUAAGUAUCUCUGUAUGAAUAUGGUAUAAUAUUGAAGAUAAAUGUGGAAUAAUAUAUGUAAAACUAUUGCUUCCUGAUUCUGAAAAAGAUUACAAUUUGUUAGAUACUCUCAGGAAGAUAUUUCUGUAUUAUUAUUAAUUAUUUUUUAAAGGAUUACUGUGUGUGCACAGAACAAGAAUAAGCACAGUUUGGAUGAGGAGAAAAUUUUGAAUGUUCUGUUAAUAUUUUUAGCUACCAAUUACAGAAUUUUUUUAUCUGUUGUUCUGAUUUUUCUUCUGGAAAAGUUGAAAUAUAUUUUGUAUAACUAUAAAAUAAUAUUUUAAUAAACUGUUUGAACUGA